UGCAGCACCAAUAGUGGCGCAAAUAUGGAGGACAAAAUUAAAGAUCUCAGCCGACCUCAGAUGUAUUUAUUUGGUUGCUCGCUGAAAGCGGAGAAGAAAGAGCACAAAGUUGAGGUUGAUGAUGAUGAUGAUGAUGAGCAUCAGCUGUCACUCAAAGCGGUGUGUUUGGGUGCAGAGGCGGAGGAUACAUUUCACACUAUAGAGAUGGAAGGAUUGACUUACGGUGGCAAAACAGCCAAAAUCACUCUUGCUGUAUUGAAACCAUCCGUUCUGCCCUCUCUUAGUCUGGGAGGGUUCGAGGUCACACCUCCUGUGUCUUUUCGCCUUCAGUCAGGAGGGGGGCCAGUCCACAUCAGCGGUCAGCAUUUCGUCAGUGUGAAGGAAUCUGAUGAAGAGGAGGAGGAAGAGGAGAAUAACACAUCACCGGUAAAGAGACCAUCCAACAUUGCCCUCACAAAAGUGCCUCAGAAAAAGCUAAAAAUGGAUUUGGAUGAAGAUGAAGAUGAGGACAGUGAGGAGGAGGAUGACUCAGAUGAAGAUGAUGAAGAGGACUGUGAGGAAGAAAAGAAAGUUGAAAAAAUCCCAGUAAAAACACUUCAAAAAGCCCCAGAGAAGAAGAAGAGUGCAGAUAAACAGAAUGGCUCUUCGAACAAGAAAGCAGUGUCAUUGGGGAAACCACAAAUCCAGGCACCACAGAAAGUAAAAGACAAGUCUGCAGCAGGUCCUUCUGGGAAGGCUCCCAACCUGAGUGAGGUCAAAAACAAGCUAUCAUCAGUAGUUCAAGAGGGGAAGUCACUUCCAAAAACGGAACAGAAGUUUGAAAACUACGCUAAAAGCUCUUUCAAGAUCUCAGAUAAGCAAGUGAUCAAAGAACUCUGGAACUUUUUACAGUCACUGAAAAAGUAAUGGCUGCUCUGCGCUCCCCGUCCCGUCCCGGUGAAGCAGAAGUCUGGGGUGAGCCAGUAACUGCACUUAAGCUGUGCAAUCUGGCCUAUUCCCCUCCUAACGUGAUCCGUCUGCUCUUCUCUGAUCUAUUCUCUCAGUUUAAUAAAGGGAAAUAUUUGCAUUUACAGUAAAGCCCUUACAAUGGAAGUGAAUGGGGCAAGUUUAUUAAUGCUAAAAUUAAAUCACUAAAAAAGUAUAGCAACAAGACGUAAACAUUAUACAUUUGAAUGUGAUUUUAUUGAGAUAAAGUCACUUACUUACCUUUUCUGUGUUAAGUUAUAUCCAAUACCGGGAUUACAGAGUUUUGUUGUCAUGGCAACAAAAUUCUAAUAUUGAAAAUAACAACACAGAUAAGGUUAGUAGGCAUUUUUAUCACACUAAAAUCAUGUUAUAAUGUUUACGUAUUGUAGCUAUACUUUUGAUACUGUGGGUGUUUUAGCAUUUAUAGACUUGCCCCAUUCACUUCUAUUGUAAGUGCCUCACUGUAACUGAGAUUUUGAACCUUUUUCUUUCUUUUUUUUAAUAAAUGAGGGACAAGUCCAAAUACAUUUUUGUGGUAAUCAACAUUAUGCCAUAAAUCCUGUUAAUUGAUCUUAACUUGUAUUGAAUCCUGAAUAUUCCUUAAAGAGUUCAUCUCACAAAAUCAUGUCAAGAACAUGUCCAGGUCAUAUUUCAACCCAAAACCAAAAGAAAGUUAUAAGCCUAAUUAAUGACAAUUCUCUCAUCAUUUACUCACCCUCAUGCUAUCCCAGAUGUGUUUGACUUUCUUUCUUCUGCAGAACAAAAGAUGAAGAUUUGUAGAAGAAUAUCUCCGCUCUGUUGGUCCAUACAAUGCAAAUGAAUAGUGGUCAGAACUUUAAAGCUCCAGAAAGGACAUAAAGGCAGUGUAAAAGUAAUCCAGUGGUUAAAUCCAGUGUAUCAUCUAUUAAUUAUUAUAGGCUGUUAUAAAAUAAUCUGUUACAAAAUGUUCAAAUGAUUGCAUGAGCAAAAUAUAAUGCAUCUUAUUUUGUCAUUAUGUGAAGGUUCGCUGCCCAACUCAAUGAAAGAAUGUGCACAACGCGCGUAUGUCUGUUCUUCCUUCAGGUUACCGUAGUAAUCUUAGUAAUUAUGCAUUUUUUUGUGACUGUCUGAACUGUCUAUUUUCAAUGGUUGGUUUAACCAUUGCGUUUUUAACACGGGUGUUAAGUUGAAUUCAUUUUUGAAGACGCUGCAUUCUGUAGCUGUUUGAAACACUCGUAGCACGUUGAGUUCACUGCCACACGCCUGGUGAGUGUUUCUCCGCAAGUUUGGUGUCUUCUGAAGUGAUGUGAUAGGUUUGUGAGGCCUUGUCAUUCUCCACUUUAACAUUCUUCUUUUGUUUUUGGCCAUUCACAUUCUUCGCAUUAUCGCCACCUACUGGUUGUGGCUGGUGAAGGGUGGAGAUUUAUACUAAAAAAGGACUUUAAUAUUGAUCUGUUUCUCACCCACACCUGUUAUAUACUGUAGGUACUGAAGACAUGGAUGAAACCACUGGAGUUUGUUGGAUUACUCUUUUGCUGACUUUGUGUGCUUUUUUGGACCUUUUAAGUUCUGGUCACCAUUCACUUGCAUUGUAUGGACCAACAGAGCUGAAAUAUUCUUCUAAAAAUCUUAAUUUAUGUUCUGCAGAAGAAAGUCAUACAAAUCUGUGAUGGCAUGAGUGUGAGUAAAUAAUGAGAGAUUUUUCAUUUUUUGGGUGAACUAUUGCUUUUUUUAUUUACUUUUUUAAUGAGAUUAACCCUUAAAUACUUGUAGAAAAAUAGAAGAAAAGGCCAUUGAACUGACAUUGAUUCAUGGUUUUUCGUGAGGCCCCUCUGGGGAAAAAAAAGGUAAGGCUUGAAAGCAUCUCAAGGAAAACCCUAGAUCAACUUAUGAUGCCUUGAUAUCACUACGGUAUAAUAAAAAAUACAUCAAAAUAAAAGCUCAUUCUAAAUUUACAGCUCACAAUUCUUUAUUUCGUUCUGACCGAAUAUUCCAUCUAGCUUGCUGUAUCCCGUGCCGCCCCUGGGGUCCCGUCCUGCUGCAAUUCUAAUAGCCUGUAUAAAGUUUUCUAUCAUCUCAAGUGCUGUAGAAGCUCCAGUAAACGUUUACGCUUGAGAAGUAUGGUCAGAAGAUGCCUCGGAAAAUGUGAUUGUUAACCCGUGAUUUAGGUCAGUUGGUAUGACCACAAAAAUGAUAUGUUUUGAAAUCCAGCUUAGAGAUAUAGAAAUAUAUAUAUGUUUUGUUUUUUUACGCUAAACUUUUAUUUUUGUAGCGUGAAUGAAAUCCCUUAUGCAGUUGAUUUAAAAGUGGAAUAGUCUGUCCUCCAUCUGUUUUAAUUCAUUUGACACAUGUUGUGUUAGUACAGAUAUGAUAUUUACAGCAUGUCUGUACACCACACAAAUGGUGCAACAUGACAAAACUAGACUGCUCACAUUUUAAUCAGCAAUGCUAUCUAACACUGCGAGUGCACUGUGUCACUUGUUCAUUGGCAGCAAUUUGGUUUUGUCGCAGUAUAGAUUGGGUGUCUUGACUUGGAUGGGAAUUGUUAUCUAGCUUUUGUUAAUCCUUGAAAUAAAGACUGUAACACAACCUGUGAGUUAUAAGAGUGUGAAGUGGCCUGUGCUCGAGCUUUAAUUCAUCUCUGGAUAAAGAGUUGCACCUUUAACUUUAAGGUGUUGUUAUAGUGUAUAGUUGCAGAUGUGAUUAUGAAAAAAAAAAAAAAAAUGUGUUCUUUUUAUCAUGUCUAUGGUUUAUUGCUUAAUUCCAAAACUGUUUGAGGAAGAGUCUAAAUGAGUGAAUCUAUCUUGGCAGAUUUUCUCCAUCUCCAGGGAAGAGCUCUCCCAUUUCUCCUCCUGAAUUUUCACCUGAUUGUUUCUUAAAGAAGGAAAGUGUCAUCAUUGUCACUUCCCAUUCUUGUCUGAAACUGAAUAAUUAUAGUGUCAACCGAAUGGAAUGCAUUGCCAUUCCUAUUUACACAGCUUAUUUGUGGGAAUAUAGGCGCCGACAUUGAUGAACAUUUUGGAAUUCGGUCAUAUCCAUACAGUGAUGUGCACAGAUCUAAGCUGCGGUGAAAGAAUAAAUAACACUUUUAUUUUUUUUAAAUAAUUUAUUUAGUAUUUUAUUUGCUUUUUAAAAAAUUGUUGUGUGUGUAUAUAUAUAUAUAUACUGUACAUAUUGUUUUUCUUUUUUUCCUUUAUCACAAAUAAUAGCCUAUUCUAUUAUAUUUCUCAGAAAAAUCACCAUGGUAAUACACUUGUUUAUUUGUUUAUUUUCAGACAUGUUCUGUGAUUAACUACAUUUUAAUUACUGUUAUUGUGAGAUUAUUACAAUUAAUUAAAAUUUUGUUUUAUUUUACUAUUUUAAUUAAAUUAUUACAAUUUCACCCCUUUUUCUGGGUGACCAAAGGGCAGCAUUAGAUUUGUGAAUGAAAGGGGCAGGGGCCUGCUGCCCCCGUUCUGUGCACGUCACAUUAUCCAUAUACUUCACACUGAAACAGAAAGUUUUUUUUUUCAGGAUUACAAUGAUGGGUUUGGGUUAGUAUAAAGAUUAUUUGUUUAUACUGUAUGUUUUAUCUCAUGUAACAAACCCUUAACAUACAGUUUAUUUUACAAGAGUUUGUUAGACCUCCAUGAUUGUAUCACUAAUAAAC